AUGUCAUCAACACGAACUGCUCCACGAACAUCAACAAUUAAUAAAACAUCAUCAAAUCCACAUCAUACAAAUGGUUCAACUAGUUCCUAUGAUAUGAAUGAUGCAAAUGUUACUCCUAGCAAUACAUCUGAAUUUGAUUCAAAUCUACAAAGAUCAGUUUUGAUAAAAAAUGCUUCUCAACCUGAUGGUAUAUAUCGAAAUGCUCGACUUAUUCAUGCAGUAACUACUGGUUUAGUGGGUCAACCAGUUGUUAUUCAAACAAGUGAACAAGAACGUUUUCAUGGCAUACUUGAAACAAUAUCACCAAAUGGUGAUGUUCUAUUAUCAGUUGCUCAUCGAAUAGAUAAUAAUAAUGAUAUUAUGAAAUUAUCAACAUCACUUAUUGAUCUUUUCGAUACAAUGGAUAGUUCAAUACAAACAUUUGAAUUACAAAAACGUGUUAUUUCAUCAUCAAUUAUUGUUGAAAUGAUUGCUAUUGAUGUUGAUUUAUCUGGUAAUGGAAAAUGUAUGCUUGAAGAAACUCCUAAAGUAUCUCAAUUAGAAGAUGAACGUUUUAAUCGUAUGCAACAUUUUUAUGGAACAGAUGAAAUUGAUCCAGAUACAAUAGAAGAUCUUGAAAUUGGUGACGAUGGAAAAGCUGGUUAUGAUCCAGAAGAUAUGUUUCAUACAAAUCGAGAAAAAUUUAAUACAACAACUGAUUUUGAUGAAACAAAAUAUACUAAUGUACCUAUUCGUCAAUUGACAGUUGAUGAACAAGCUGAUGUUGAUAAGAAAGCUAUGGAAAUUGAAAAAGGAAUUAUAACUGAAGAUAUUGAUGAGGAUGAUGCUGGUGUAAAACGUCCAUCUGAAUUUAAUCAAACACAAAAUAUCGACGAUGGAAAUAGUAAUAUUAAAACUAAUCAACCAUCACGUAUACAUACAAAUAAUCGAUCAGAUUUUCGUUAUGAUACAGAAUAUGUUCCAAAACGUGGUAAUUGGCGUGACCAACGAGGUGGUGGUAAUAAUCGACGUGGUGGUGGUCCAAAUAAUUAUCCAGUAAAUAAUUCUAAGCAAAAUCAACGUUCAGAACAAACACAAUAUAUAUCAUCACGUUCAUCUGAACAAUUAUCAACAAAUCGUCAACAACCUUAUAAAUCACGAAAUAAUCGUUAUGUAGAUAAUUCUUCACCACAUGAAGGACGUGAUUCACCAUUAAAAAUAACAAAUGAUGAAGCAACACGUGGUCAAAGAAUUAAUAGUGGUAGUUUUUCUCAAGGACAAAAUUCAGGUCCAACAAGUCCAUCAACAGCACUACCAGCACGUUCAGUUUAUUCAGCUAAUAGAGGAUCAUUAAUUGGUAGAAAUUCACCAGCACCAUAUACUGGUAGUUCAUCAUCACGAAAUAAUUCAACAACAGCAACAUCGCCACCGCCAUCGGCAACAGGAGCAGCACCAUAUCAAACAAAUUCAACUGGAACAGGAAAUUAUUCACAACAAUCAAAUAAUAAAAUGGUCAAAAAACAAUCACGCAAUGAACAACAAUCAACAAAUGAUGAAAAUGACCAACCAAAACAACAACGUAAUCAACAACAAACUUCUACAAAUAAUCAACCAAAUACAGUUCCACUAAAUCGCCCAUCACAUUUACAUACUCAACAAAUAAAACAUCCACAGCAACAACAACAACAACAAUCAUCAUCAAAUAAUAGUGUUCCACCUCCAUUGACACUUUCAAAUCAAGACGAUCAUUCAUCUAGUCAUGAACCAAUAAAUUCAAAUCAAUCAGAUCCUACAUUGCAUAUAGCAAAUACACCUGUUUAUUCACAACAAGCAGCAGCAUCUGCUAAUACAAAAGCAAAUUCAGGAUUAAAUCCAGAAGCUGAUGAAUUUGUUCCUGUAUUUUCGCGAGAAAGUAGUUCUCGACCUGAAUCUCGUGGAGCAUCGACAAGUGCAAUGCAAAUGCCAACAUUUAUAUCACAUCCUCAUCCACAAGCAAUUCAUCUCUUACAACAACAACAGCAACAACAGCAGCAGCAGCAGCAACAACUACAACAACAACAACAAAAUCAGCCACAACAACCAUCAAUGAUACCACAAACACAUCCACCAAAUGCUGCAGCACUCUAUCAACAUUAUUAUCAAGCACCUUAUCAAAAUAUGCAACAAUUUGUUAAUGCUACACCACAACAGAUGAAUGCAGGUAUGAUGAGUGCACCAAUGAUGCCACCACAAACACAACAAUUAGCUGGUAAUGGACCGAAUACAAAUAAUGCAAAUAAUGUAGGUACAGGUGGUAUGACAACACCUAAUAGUGGUUCUGGUCCAACAUAUAAAACAAAUAAUAACCCAGCACAUAGUGGAGAUACUGGAAAUAGCGGUAUUAAUAAUAUUCCACCGAAAAAAGCUGUUGUAUCUGUUCAACGUCCUGAACAAUCGAAUAUACCUCAACAGCAAUCAGUGGCUGGUGGUCCACAAAUGGUAUUUCAAAAUGCUCCACUUCGAUAUUAUCAAUCUGAAUAUAUUCCGCAACAAGGAACUGGACAAUCCAUGCAAUUGCAACAAAUACCAUUCUAUUAUACAGCGGGUGGUUUAAUUCAAGCAGCUGCAGCACCUGGUGUCGGUCAACCACAAAAUAUAAUGAUUCCAUCGGGUAGUUCAUCAACUGGACCAGGUGUAGCAGCUCCACCUUCUUUAUAUUAUCCAGGAGUAUAUCCAGAUCCACGAAUGUAUAGUGUGUAUCCAUCAGCAGCAUCUGUUAAUCCAGGUGGUGUAAAUGCUAAUUGGCAAUUAACACGUUCACCUCCUCAUCAACAACAACAGCAACAACAACAACAACAACAAUCAAAUGAACAACAACAACAACGAGGUUAUGGUGGUGGACAAAAUGUUGUAUCUCAAGCACCACUACCAGCAGGUGCACAAAAUCCUGGUGGUGGUGGUGGUGGUAAUGGUGGCCGAUCGGCAUCAACAUCAGGCCCAGCAGGUCAGACUGGUACUAGUAGUGGUGGUCCACCAAUGACACCACAAUAUGCAUUGAAUGGAAAUGUACCAGCAACGUAUGCAUAUGGACCACCAGCUGCAUGGUAUCCUGCUCAACCACAAGUUUCAUCACCACAAACAAAUAUGCCACCUCAAAUUAAUACAUAUGGUAUGAUGUUUGAUCCAUCUCAACAAGCACCACUACAACAACCAACAUAUGUACAUCAAAAUUCAUACGAAACUGCCUAUUUUCAACCAGCACAACAACAACAACAACAACAACCUCCACAGCAAGGCUUAGACACAGUGCCACCGGGUAGUUAUAAUCGCUAA